AGGUUUCUACACUACAACAGCCUGGACUGUCUUUCAGCACCGACAGCAUUCUGGGAAAACAUUGCAUUUCAUUUCUCUCGAGAUAGACAGGUAGAUAGACAGAUAGAUAGACAGAAGCUCUUGGCACAUCUUUAACCUUUCAUGAAAAUAAUGUAAUGUGCAGUUUGGAGAUAAGAAAAUGACCAACAGCUCCACAGCGCCUAAACUCAUCACGGAUACAGGUGAGGGUGAAACUCAACUUCACACCACAAAUCCCUCAACUUCAAUGUUUCCUGACACACUAGAUGAACUCUGCAAACUUCCCGGAAGACUACGUAUUAAUCCAUCCCUGUGGGAUAAGGACGAUGUGAAUUUGUGGCUGCGGUGGGCUCAGAGGGAAUACGCCCUGCGCCGAGCUGAUCACGAAAAGUUCGAGAUGAACGGCAAAGCGCUGUGUCUCCUCACCAAAGAGGAUUUCCGCCUGCGCUGUCCCAGUUCAGGUGACGUCCUGUAUGAACUCCUACAGCAUGUGAAGCAGCAGAGACGCUCUCACACCCCUGCAACCCCCAUCGCUCUCGGAACUACAGGUCUAUGCAGCUCCACUAACAAACCUGUGCCUGUUUGUUCAGUGAAUCCACACUCUCGAACCCAAAACCCACCUGGCCAAGAAAUAGCACAAAACUCUCAAAUGCAGCCAUCAAACCUUCCACAAACACACACAGAGACUCAAUAUGUUUCUGAAGAAGGCAAAUCAAAGCUGUCUCCAGUCCAGGCUGCUCAACCUCAUGUCUUCUGCAGUACAGAGGAACCACUCAACCUUUCCUACAGAACUGAAUCAUUCAGGAUCAAAACGCCGGCCGUUGAAGCCAACGGAAAAAUUGCAGAUUGCAGAUUAUUAUGGGAUUAUGUUUACCAGCUGCUGCUGGACACAAGAUAUGAAGCCUACAUUAGGUGGGAGGAUCGGGACUCCAUGAUCUUCAGAGUGGUGGACCCGAACGGACUCGCUCGCCUCUGGGGGAACCAUAAGAACCGGGCCAAUAUGACGUAUGAGAAGAUGUCUAGAGCGCUGCGCCAUUACUAUAAACUCAACAUCAUCAAAAAGGAGUCAGGGCAGAGACUCCUAUUCAGAUUUCUAAAAACUCCUGACCAGAUUAUUCAGAGCAGGUCUGACCGCCCUGAGCUUCCUGAGUCCCCCGAUAGCCCUGCAUCUCCCGCUUACAAAGAGGGAACUCUGGAAGUGUCGCCCUCCUCGACCCCAGAACCUUCCAGUCCGGAAGCUCUUCGCAUACUCAGCGUGUCCCCACUGCCUUGAGCAUUAAACUACCCCAAUCUUCAUCACAAAACUCGAGAGACCUGAGCUUCACAUACCUGCCAUAGAAACUAUACACCUAUAAAUAUCAGUCUUCAUCAAUUGCUACAACUCCAUCAUCUCAACUCAUAUCAUAAACAUACUCUUUUUUUAUUCACCAUAUAUAUGCAUCUUCUUAGUAAAAUACAACUUCUGCAUUAAAUUUUUUUGGUUCUGGUUACAUUUAAAUUCUGUUUUCUUUGUCUUUGUAAUUAAUGUAAUUAUUAUCAAUUCUUAUAAGGAAUUCUUAUAAACAUUAAAGAUAAAGAAAUGUUUGAAAUA